AUGGAUAUAUAUUUGAAUUAUAAAUGUGUAAUUAUAUUCAUACUUAUAAAAUGUGUAUACUGCUCAGAUAAACAGCACACACCUGAUGAUGAUGAAGAAGAUAUUAAUUUUGACACAGUUGUAAGGGAAUUAGAAUCAUUAGUAACUGAAGAUGAUGAAACAGCUGGUGAUACAGUAGUUUCAGAUAAUCUUAUGCAACAUGGACUUGGACAGAUUAUUAGUCAACCAUAUAUACAACCAGAACAACCAGAUCAAGAUCAAUCAUCUCCACCUACUCCACAGGAUGGAAAAUAUUAUUUAAUAGAACAACAACCUGGUAAAGAUGAAAAAUAUAAUCUAGUAUCAAUUACUCAUCUUGAAUAUAUACCAUCCACAACUGAAUCAGAAGAUACAGAACAACCUACACAACAAGAACAACUCACUGUACCAACUCCAAUAGGAUAUCAACCUCAACCUCAUGAAUAUUAUCAUGGAUAUGGACCAGCAGUUACUCAAACAACACUAACUCAGCCUCAAUCACAAUAUGAGCAACAAACUACUGAAACUACUCAACAAACAACACAACAUACAGAAUUAGAACCUGAAACUAUUCCAGUGCAAGUAGAAUCAGAUGAAGAUGAAGGAGAUGAUGGAGAACCAGAGGAAGAAGAUGGAGAAGAUAAAAAACCACCAAAGGAACCUCCUGAACCUACUGGACCUGUAGAUGGAGAAAAUAUAAAACCAUCUGAAUCAAUUAAAAAUAUUAAUAAAUUAAUAUUUAUGAAGAAAUGUUGUAAUGGUCAUAUAGUAAAAAUGGAUCGAAAUGAUUUCAAAAUAUUAUCUAGCAAUGAAACUCUGACUAAAUAUUCAUUUAAAGCAAACCUUGAACAACUAAUUUGUAACGGUUUUAUUGUCUUUCAACAUAGUCCUGAAGAUAAAUAUUGUAAAUCAUUAAUAAGUUUUAAAUAUAAAUAUAAAUUCUUGUUUAUAUUUGGUGAAGGAUAUUAUUUAAUUCAACGUUAUAAACGUCGAUGGAAUGUAAGAUCUGAAGAUUUUUCAAAAACUCUAUAUUUUUACACACAAAGUUAUUUCGGCGAUGAUAUCAUAUUAACACCGGAAUAUUAUUGUUAUAAUAUUUUCGAUGAAAUGAUAAUGAGAUGUUGGUUUAAGCCAAAUGCGUAUUGUACUAAAAUCAUAUAUAGAAAUCAAUUAGUUUGGGAAAAAACUGAUGAUGUUCAAGGAUAUCCAAUUGGAAUUACUAUUUCUUCAGGUAGGAAUAUAAGAGUUUAUUUCAAUCAUUAUUUAAAUAUAUUUCGAAGAACUUCCAGAGGAUACAAACGAAUAUUUACCAAAAAAAAGAUUGAUAAAUUUCAGGAUCAAUAA